AACAGGGUUGAACUAGAGCGUCCGUAUCCAACCCGGCUUCCUUGAAGUUGUUUCCGAGUAGUGCAUAAAACGGAACGUCACUGACACUCUUGCCCAAUCGUGUACCAGAUUCACGAUGACACCCUGGGAUUCCGCGAAAUUGCUACUUUGAGAAGGUAUCCUGAAAUGCAGUAAAACGAAUGGAGUUGAUGUGCCUGUGUCUUUCGGCAGGGGAACACAAGAGUGCGACGUUGCUAUCGACAGCAUUUUUUUUGUUUUCAUUUUAUUGGUUGGGAUGUUUAAAAAGAUACGUUUUUAUUCUGUUAUGUUAGAAGUUGGAGCUUUCAAAAAUAAGUUGUUAUUCUAGAUUUCCCCACUCUAUCGCAUUUAGGGAGACAACUUCAAUUCCAUUGGAUUGUUAUUGCCAUUUAGAGUGGAUACACGUGUGUGUGGGAUGUUGCGUGUGGGGCCCAGCCGCAUGUUUCUACAAAUCCCGUGAAUCGCUAUGUUUCUGCGUUAUAGCUAUUUGAACCAAAACACGAGUAAAUAUCAGCAGCGAAAUAGGACUGCUGCGUUGAUUUAAAACGUUUACGGAUUUAAAUAGCAUACACCAUACAUAAUAUUUCCCGCUAUGUCAGAUACAGCUGUGAAGUGUUUGGACUCAAUCUCUCACUGUUUGGACAAAAAUGACUGUUCUAUGGAGGACUUGACCAAAGAAAAUCAAGAAAAUGGGACUUUGCUGAUGGUGGCAAUGAUUUUACUUGACCUGAAACAGUGCGAUUCAUCUGCACGAAGCAACAUCGGUACAAGCAAAUGUUUAGGAGAUAGUGUCGCAGGAAAUCAGUCAACAGAGGAUGAAGCGCGGAAUCCCUUAACUGGACGACGUCCACCAAAUACAAGGGUGGUUAAGCAGAGUCAUCGGCGCACCGGGAGGUUACACGUGUCCCCGGAAAAGAAGCACUGCUGUCCCUUCAAUGGCUGUGGGAAAACCUAUGGCAAAUCAUCUCAUCUCAAGGCGCAUGUAAGAGUUCAUACAGGUGAACGACCCUUCCAGUGCACGUGGCCUGACUGUGCCAAGAAGUUCUCGCGCUCAGAUGAACUAACACGUCACGUUCGGACACACACCGGAGAGAAGCGCUUCACCUGUCCACUAUGCGACAAGUGCUUCAUGAGGAGCGACCACCUCACCAAGCACGCACGUCGGCACGUGGGCUUCCACCCCAGCAUGCUCCACACCGCAUCGGGUCGGAGACAACAGUCUUCUUCGUCAAUUUCGUCAUCUGGAUCGAGUGACAUGCUGUCUGGAUGCGUGUAAUGGGCGCAAUUAACUCUCCAAAACACACACACACACACACAGAGAUUAUGAACUUUCGGGCUCCUGGGCCCAGAUGUAUUGAGGACCCCCAACUAAUUGUUGCAUAUGUGUGAGGGGGGGUUUGGGGGUCCUCCCCCAGAA